AUGGCUCCAGAAUCCACUCAAACUCAAUCAGAAAUAAUUCAAGACACCAAUGGUCAUUCUACUGACCAAUCUCAGACUCAACCGCGCCAGUCUACUCGUGCCUCGUCAGUGGUCCUUACACCUAACAUGGUGACCCCCUCGUCCAACUCCCGUGUUAGAAUGACCCAACCUGAAUCAAAAAAGAGGGGACCAGGGAAUCUAUCUUUGUCAGCAUUGGGUAAGAACGGAACGACCUCCUUAAUUCCUAAUCAAAAAGAAAAUCCCAAAGGUUCAAAGGCAGUCAAAAAGGUUGCCAAGAAGACAACGCGAGCUGAAAACCCUGACGGUGCUGCCUUUGAUUACGACCAGGAAUCUGAUGAACAAUCAGUCGAGAUUCAACCACAAACGGCUAAGAAAAUUAAGGAAGCAAUGUAUGCUAAAGUUCUUGACUACUUUGAAGAACCGGUGUGGAAGAAAGGUGACCGGGAGGAUACUGCAUUGAACUACAAAUGCAAAUGGUGCCCAGGCACCUAUCGAGCACAUCCCUCAUCGCUUGGUAAUCUCAAAGCACAUCGGGACGGCUAUACUCAGAUGGAUAAGAAUAAUAAAGGUUGUGUCAAUCGUGAUCAAGCCAAGUUAGCUGGGAUCAAGUUGCCACCAUCGGUUGCGGAAGCAAUGGUGAUGAAAGAGAAAUCAAAAGACUCGAAGCAGCCAGGCAUAACCGACUUCUUAUCAGUCAAGGUGGCCUUUGACAAUAAGGUUCUAAACCAGAUAAUGAUGAUCUGGCAAAUUCGACAGGCUCUUCCCUGGUCGAGGCUGGAAGACCCUUAUCUUCGGGCGGCCAUUCAGUACGCAAAUCACAAAGCUCGUCUUUACGGUCGUCGGUGGUGA